AUCAUCAACAUCAUAGUGCUUUCUUUUCCAAUUAAAGAUCUUUCCUUUUCCUACUUGCAUUUAAGCUCCAUCAUGUGGGGUUUCUGGUUUCUAGCUCUGCUUGUUAUAGGCCUCAUAAGGUGGGUAUACCGUUGGAGAAAUCCCAGAUGUAAUGGGAAACUCCCACCGGGUUCAAUGGGGUUACCACUAAUUGGUGAGACCCUUCAGUUUUUUGCUCCCAACACUACUUCUGAGAUUCCUCCUUUUGUUAAAGAGAGGAUGAAAAGAUAUGGGCCGAUAUUCAAGACUAAUUUGGUUGGAAGGCCGGUUUUAGUAUCGACAGACCCCGAUCUCAACUACUUCAUUUUCCAACAAGAGGGGCACUUGUUCGAGAGCUGGUACCCAGACACAUUCACGGAGAUAUUUGGAAGACAGAAUGUGGGGUCAUUACAUGGGUUUAUGUACAAAUACCUGAAGAACAUGGUGCUCAAUCUCUUUGGCCCUGAAAGCCUCAAGAAAAUGAUCCCUGAAAUUGAACAGGCAGCAUCGAAGAGAUUAAAAAAAUGGUCUCAACAGGAGUCGGUGGAGAUAAAAGACGCAACUGCAACUAUGAUAUUUGAUCUUACCGCAAAGAAGUUGAUAAGUUAUGAUCAAGAUAGUUCAUCAGAGAAUCUGAGGGAGAACUUUCUAGCAUUCAUACAAGGAUUAAUUUCUUUUCCAAUUGAUAUUCCCGGAACAGCAUAUCACAAAUGCCUACAGGGCAGGAAAAGGGCAAUGAAGAUGCUCAAGAACCUGCUAAACGAAAGACGGAUGAAUCGAAGAAAGCAGCAAAGCGAUUUCUUUGAUCAUGUACUUGAAGAACUUCAUAGGGAUGACACAAUCCUUACAGAAGGAAUUGCACUAGACUUGAUGUUUGUGCUACUAUUUGCUAGCUUUGAAACGACAUCUCUGGCUUUAACAUUGGCAAUGAAAUUCCUUUCUGACCAUCCAAAAGUGUUGAAGCAGUUAACGGAAGAGCAUGAAGCUAUUGUGAAUAGAAGGCAGAAUCCUGACUCUGGUCUUACAUGGAAAGAGUAUAAAUCAAUGACAUUUACAUUUCAGUUCAUCAAUGAAACAGUUAGACUGGCAAAUAUAGUUCCAGGAAUCUUCAGAAAAGUUAAAAGAGAUAUUCAAUUUAAGGACUAUACCAUACCAGCAGGUUGGGCGGUUAUGGUCUGUCCCCCAGCUGUUCACUUAAACCCAACAAAAUAUGAAGAUCCACUCACUUUCAAUCCAUGGCGCUGGGAUGGACAAGAAAUCAACGGAGCAACAAGACACUUCAUGGCAUUUGGCGGUGGCAUGAGAUUUUGUGUUGGUACAGAAUUUACAAAGGUCCAGAUGGCAACUUUUCUACACUGCUUGGUCACAAAGUACAGGUGGAACCAGAUCAAAGGAGGAAAUAUUGUACGUACCCCUGGUUUACAGUUUCCUGAUGGAUAUCAUGUUCAAAUCCUGGAAAGAGAUACUUAACAUAAUGUCUACAAAACAAGACAAAGGCAGUUUGCCUAGAGAAUCAGAAUGACAAGAGUUUUUGUGUUUGGCUUCUUACGAGUCAUGGGUGUUCAGAAGAUGCAGCCACAGCAAAGAUGCUUCUUCAACAAAUGGAUAUUGCAUGGAAUGCCUAACAGAAGAAAAGUACAUUAACUUUUCAAGAAGAUAGUAGAACUUUUUCCAGGACAAAUCCAAUUUUUUUCAGUCCUGACUCCAUAUAGCAUAGCAAAAUACAAAA